AUGUGCCAGCCUCCCACAUGCAGCGCUCCCGCCGUGAUACCCUUGGUUAUCAACGGCAAGGAAGAGAUUCCGGACUCAACCUUUGAUGUCAUCAGUCCGUACACCAACGAACGCUGCUGGGCCACCGCGUCGGCGUCUCCCCAGGAUGCCAUUCGGGCCGUCGAGGCCGCCGACGCAGCCUUCCCGGCCUGGUCCCAAACGAAGCCGACGGUGCGGCGCGACAUCCUGCUGAAGGCGGCGGAUCUGCUAGAGAGUCGACUGGAGCAGAAUGCCGAGUUCAUGCGGACGGAAAUGGGCGCCGACGUGGGCGCCUCGCAAUUCUUCAUCGUGCCGCUCGGGAUCCGCAUGCUGAGGGACAUCGCGGGGCGCAUCACUUCCAUUUGCGGUAGUGUCCCCGUGGUAGAAGAGGAGGGCCAAAGCGCCAUCGUGUACAAGGAGCCCAUGGGCGUGAUUUUGGGCCUGGUCCCUUGGAAUGCGCCGUAUGUGUUUGGAGUCCGCUCGGCGGCUUGUGCCCUUGCGGCUGGUAACACGACUAUUUUGAAAUCUUCCGAGCUCUCGCCCUGCUCGUACUGGGCUCUGACGAGAGCGUUCGAAGAUGCCGGGCUGCCUGCCGGCUGUCUCAACCUGGUGUCUUGUCGGCCCCAGGAUGCUCCCGAAGUGGUCAAUGCCAUGAUUGAACAUCCUGCCGUGCGCAAGAUCAACUUCACCGGGAGUACGGCGGUGGGCAGGAAGAUUGCCCGGUCCUGCGGGCAGAAUCUCAAGCCGUGUCUGAUGGAGCUGGGAGGCAAGAACAGCUCGAUCGUGUGUGCCGACGCCAACAUCGAAACGGCCGUCAAGGGCGUCCUGGGAGGAGCAUACUUGAACUCCGGUCAAAUCUGCAUGGCCACCGACCGCAUCCUCGUUCACUCCUCCAUUGCGCCGGCGUUCAUGGAGGCUCUGAAGACGGCACUGAACUCCAACCUCGACCCUUCAUCCCCACCCCCAACCUUGGUCAACGUCGCCUCCAAAGCGCGCAUCGACCGUCUCGUCACCGACGCCCUCGCCAACGGCGCCCACCUGGUCCAUGGGUCCGCUCCCAGCGCCGAGGCACCCCAGCAUCCCGGCGUGCGACUCGCCCCGCUACUCCUCGGCGGCGUCACGGAGGACAUGAACGUCUGGCAGGAGGAAGCGUUUGCCUCGCUGGCCGCCUGUAUGAUCGUGAGCAGCGACGAGGAAGCCAUUCGUAUCGCCAACAGCAGCGGGUACGGUCUGUCGUCGGCCAUCUUCACCGAGGACCUGCGGAAGGGGCUGGCGAUGGCCAAGAAGAUUCAAUCUGGCGCCGUCCACAUCAACAGCAUGACUAUCCACGACGAGCCCGCCCUGCCUCACGGCGGCGUUAAGAAUAGCGGAUGGGGCCGGUUCAAUACGGAUCGAGGCCUCGAUGAGUUCCUGGUGACCAAGAGCGUGACCUGGAUGGACUAA